AUGCACAUUAGUCAAGCUGGUCCCAACAGCUAUCGUAAAAUCUGUCUUUCGCCAGCUGUGGCAUCUCUGAUACAGAGUGGCGUUGACUCCGCCCGAACCAUCCUUCGUAUUCUCCGAGUUCUCGGCGACGAGGAUCUAAUGGAAACCUUUCUCCCCUUCCAGCUAGAAGACGCGUUUUCCUCCGCAUUUGUCCUCCAACUCAUCCGGGCCGUAGCUCCGUGGCUACUUCCCGAUGAGACCUGGUCCGAAGACGUAGAAUCCAUCUUCGGCAGAAUGAUCGCAAAGGGUAAUGUGGUAGCACCUCUACGCCAAGUAGAACUGGGCCAGCUCGCCCAGGUCAUGACGCCCCUCACACCGAAUGAACUGCAUUUCCAGUCUCCCUCGCCGCGGGGGGAGCCAUCCGGUAACGAACCCUCGGUCGUUUUCGGUGAAGAAGAACCCAGUUGGGAGCUGUUUAUUGGCAAUGCUAUUGUUGACCUGAAUUCAGGGGAGAUCUUAGAUCUGGCAGCACAGCUUGAUGUCGACCCAAGAAUGUACUCGAUGGAUAUCUAG